AUGGCUCUGAAGCACGACGACGCGGCCGUGGCCGACGCGCCGGCCAUUGACGUCGCCCGCGACCGGUUCCCGUUCUGCAUCGUGUGGUCGCCGCUGCCGGUCAUCACGUGGUUCCUCCCGUUCAUCGGGCACAUGGGCAUCGGUGACUCGCACGGC